CAAUCUAUUUCAUUUUUGUGAAGGUACUUAUCGUGGAUGCAUGAUCAGUUACCAUUGGCUAUGCAAGCUGAGAGUAGUUAAGUGUCCAUGAUAAAUAUGUUGCAAAAAAGUAAAAUUUAUAACGUUAGUAGUAACAAAAGUAGUGAUACGGUGACCAGUCAAUCAUGGCCGAUUUGGAUGAUAUGGAAAAGAAGAAGGUAUGUGGUGGCGAUUUUAACUUUUUUUGGAUUCUUCAACAUAUAUGCCUUAAGAGCCAAUCUUAGCAUAGCGAUUGUAGCGAUGACGGCGAAAACCGAAGUGGUGCAAGAAAAUGGGACCGUUGCAUUUAUUCGCGAAUUUGAUUGGGAUUCUAAAGUGCAAGGAUACGUACUGAGCUCGUUUUUCUAUGGCUACAUCGUAACACAACUCGUAGGUGGAUGGAUGGCCGCCAAGUUCGGCGGAAAACACGUAUUCGGAAUUGGCAUAGCCGUAACAGGAGCGUUAACUGUGGUUUCUCCGUUUGUUGCCAAACAGAGUGUUUCUCUGCUGAUAGCGGUGCGAAUAUUAGAGGGACUGUUUGAGGGCGUGACGUAUCCUUGUGUACAUGCGAUAUGGGCCGAAUGGGCACCACCGUUAGAAAGGAGCCGUUUGGCAGCGAUCGCGUUUUCUGGUUGCUACGUUGGAACAGUUGUAGCUAUGCCUCUAAGCGCUUUAUUAGCAGACACACUAGGGUGGGAAUCUAUAUUUUACGUAACAGGUGGUAUUGCUUUACUAUGGUUUGUAUGUUGGUGCAUCAUUAUCGCGGACUCUCCCACUCUAGACAGUCGGAUUAGUGAUUCAGAGCUACGGUACAUUCAAGAGUCUUUAGGAGAACAACAAGUGAAUAGAACUGCUAAACAUCCUUGGAGAAGCAUUAUAACGUCAGUACCAGUUUGGGCGAUCGUUGUGGCUCAUUUCACCGAAAACUGGGGCUUUUACACCCUUUUAACUCAACUACCGACUUUUAUGAAAGAUACAUUAAACUUUGAAUUAUCGUCGACCGGAAUUGUUGCUGCUGUACCUUACCUGGUUGUGUCUAUAACUACUCAGGUUGCUGGACAUCUCGCCGAUUGGUUACAAGAAAAAAAAAUCCUGAACACUACUCAAGUGCGAAAAAUCUUUAACUGCGUCGCUUACAUCGGACAGGCGGUCUUCUUACUGCUAGCGGGCUAUCUACUUUCGCCAAUUGGAAGUACGAUAUGUCUUUCAUUUGCUGUCGGCAUAGGAGGAUUACAAGCUUCAGGCUUUGGAGUCAACCACUUAGACAUAGCGCCUCAGCAUGCUAGCGUAUUGUUAGGGAUAAGCAAUACUGUAGCAACGAUUCCUGGAAUAGUAAGCCCGAUUGUAUCCGGUUAUAUUGUCACAACACCUACCGCUUCUGAGUGGCAAAUAGUUUUUAUUAUAAGCAGUUGCAUAUAUGUUUGUGGUGCCAUAUUUUAUGGAGUUUUUGCAAGUGGUGAACUGCAGCCUUGGGCAAAACAAUACAAUGCUUCAGACAAUUCUACGACUGAAAGGCAAAGUAACGACGAACAUUCUGUACAUAUAUCUGAUUAGUAUUUUUUUUAUAUAAUAUCACUUCGAUUUGCUAUAGUCUAAUUUUAACACAUUAUGGUAAUAAAAGAGAUAAAAGAUAAUUAUUUGGA